GGGUAUUAAAUUUUUUUCAUUUGUCUGGAAAAAUAGUGAAAAUGCCGGAGAUUCAGUUGGGCAUUCACACCAUAAGGUCCCAUGGAGCAAAAGUUGCGAGAGUUCACAUGCAUGACUGGUUGAUUCUUCUGCUUGUUAUUGUAGUAUUUAUCAUUUUGAACGUUAUUGGACCAUUUCACCGUUUUGUUGGAAAGGAUAUGAUGACAGACCUGAGUUACCCCAUGAAAGACAAUACUGUUCCCUUCUGGGCUGUUCCUAUGAUUGCAAUAUUGCUGCCUUUUUGUGUUAUUCUUGUCUACUACUUCAUCAGAAAGGAUAGUAACAAAAUGAAUUGGAACAAAGGGCAUGGCUGGGGACCUCACGCAUAUUUUCAGAUGCUGGCAGAGUCUCAAGGUGACACUCAGCCAAACAAUACCAAUAGUGUAAGAGUCAAUCGAUCAGAGCUUGAGAGUGUGCUUGUUGGUUCUCAUCACGACAUGGAAAUUGGCAGAGUGAAUGCCUUUGAAACUAGCCACAUUGUAGAAGGGACAAGAGGUGGAAGGGGAUACUGACACUCUACAUCUUAGCGGUACAGAUAGACCUAGUCAACAGGUCAAAUCAGAUGGGUUCGGCUUGGGUCUACUAGAAUAAACAUAAUGAAUGUAUGUCCAUAGUCUUCUUAAUUUUGUGUAUAGAGCAUUCUCUCUACGCAGGUAGGUAGGUAUUCUCGCCUGUUUUCCUACUGAUCAAGCUUGAACAUCCAUUUCUGUAGUUUUAUUAGUUAUUAUUCAUUACCAGAUUUUGCUCAGUGUGUUUCUUCCAAUCCCAUUUGGCUGUAGUAAUACUAUAGCACAUGAUCUAGUGGUAGAUUUAUGUACUCUAGCGCCCUAGUCUUUAUGUACCAAAAAGUAGUAAUGUACAGACACAAGUGUUUUGUCUACACUUUCCAGUUUCAGAUCAACUAGGCUUGGAGUUGUAUUAUUCAUCGUGCGGUGGUCACAAUUCUGAAUUCUACAAGACUGUUUCCUAAUGAAUGGUGAGUUGCAAA